AUGGAGUCUUUUCUGGAAUACACGGAUGAGCUCGAGGGAACAUUGGCUUUGGUGGAACCGAAUCCCUACGGCCCAAGUGAUCGCACUCAGGAAGGCCACAGUAGCAGUAGGGUUGGAGAAGAGGAGGAAGAAAGCGGUGAUGAAGCAGACGAGGUUGCCGGUGAUGGAGCUGACGAGGAGGAUGAGGACGACGAAGACGAUUCCAUGGGCAUGCGUCCAUGUCCCCACCCUCAAAUCAACGAUCUGCCGGUGGCGACCGCCGUCCACGACAUUUUGAUUGCAGUUGCGCCCACGCUGCGGAGGCUCAUGAAGAGGACCAAAGGGGUGAAAGCUGUCUUGCAGCGUGGAUUCGAGCCACUCGUGAACCUUGAGGAGUGUGCUAGUGUCCAGGACGAACUGUUUCUGUAUACCGCCCCGGACCGCUUUGGAGAUCUCCAGGAUGAGGUUUGGGCAACGUGCUGGCCAAAACUUCGCCGCCUAUAUCUCUAUAACCCUCUGAUCGAGGAAGAGUUCUGGUCUAAUGUGGAACGCAGUCCCAAUUUGGAAGUUGUCAUGACGGGUCGGCCUGAUGGCAACUAUCUGGAGCCUGCGGAUAUCAAGCGCCGAUGGAUUUCCGCUCUCGAUGGUAACGACGACUUCACCAAGGAUAUUUACGAUGACACGAUACUUCCACUCACGUAUAUCAGCGUCGAUAUGAUAGGCGCCCAGCCGUCACUACUGGGUUUUCGCUCCGCUUGGAAUACAUUGGAUCCUGAAGAGCGUAUCCGAGUACUAGCGAGUGACACGCCACCUGAAGCCUGGUUGGCCGAACUCGGCAUUCCCAUAUUGGGAGAGCCUUGUCCGAGAGGCUCGGUGGAAAUGUGGGCGAGGAAGCAUAGUUUUGAAGGCACGCUCUGGGAUGAAAACGCCAUAGGCGCAUAUGACCCUCUGUCUGGAAGAGUAGGGACAAUACAGUUUUCAUGGUAA